GAAUAAAAUCGUCGAUGCAAUGAUCGAUCUUAAGAAAUCAUUCUCAUUCAUCCAUUGAUAGAACUCCAUGAUAUACCUCGCGCCAAUAAGGACAAAAUUAUCGCUUCUUCCACGGCUUCGCCAAGUUUUUAACUGUGCUUUAUCUGUAACAUUUAUUAAGAAUUAUUUAUAAAUCUCAAAUCAGGUUAAAAUAUAAUGUAACCUAUAUAAAAAUUAAAAAUCAGCAGAUUGUAUAAAGAUAUAAAACAAGAUAUGAGAAAACUAUAAAAAAUUAAAGGAUAAAGACAUUUUAUCUUGUUCCUCUAAAUUGGAGAGAUAUACUUGUCUAAUUUUUUUAAAUAUAUUAUCAUAUAUUUAUAUAAAUAUAAAAAUAUAAUAUAUACAGUACUUACAUCUUGCUACAGUUUGUAGACAAAUACCGAGACAAGGUUUACAGCAAGUUUUGCAAAACUUAGGCUGUAAUGCCGAUGAAAUUGUCAGAUCGCGUUUUUUUACAUCAGUUUACUUUAUAAUCUUGCAUUUUAUCUGAAGUGAUAUUUACCCUUCCAGUGAUUGACGCGUUAUAAUUUUUAAAUUUCGUAUGAGUUCUGUAUAAAUUCAGAGAUGGCAAAGAUAUAGAAGUUUUACCUACGAAAGUCAUUUUAUCAAAUUCUGAUCACUCUGUUCUCUAGCAUCUUGAUUUGCUUAACAGAAUUCCACGUUGGCAUUUGACAGCAAAUCCGCAUGCAAUAGACGUUCACAUUUUAUUUAUCUUUAAAGAUAUAUAACAAAACUAAUUAAAUUUAAAUAUAUUACAUUUAUAAUAUAAUUUAAUAUAUUAUAUGUAAUAAAAAAUUGAAAAAAGAUUUGGCGCAAUUUUUUAUGGGAAUAUAUAAUUCUUUUCUAUGUUUCGCGAAAAGAUUUGGCAAGUCAAUAAAUCAUAAGUCAGAAUUAAUAUCAUAAGCCAGACUCAUAGAGUGAGUGAAUUAUAAAGAUCUAUUGGCUAAGCCGUAAUGCACGUUUUGAUACGGUCGAGAUAAGAUUGCACGAGCAUACCUGUAGGAGAUUGAAGCGAAUUAAGCGAUAGCUACUGCACGCAGUUAAAGUAUAACACUUGUCAGGAGACGAGGAUUUUGAUGUGUGCAUAACUUUUUGUGCAUAAAUGCCGCUGCGAUUUUCGCUUUUAGCCAGGAUGCGAUAUUUACUAUGGUGCGUUAUAGUUUUCGGCGGUAUUUCCAUAGCAUUUUCCAUCGAUGUAACAAAACAUCCUGGCUGGCUGUUGCUGGAGCACAGGAGAUGCGGCAAUUCUAACAGCGAUCGCAUUAUCGGCGGCAAGAAUGCCAGCCUCGGUGCGUAUCCUUGGAUCGCGAGAAUAGGAUAUAGCAAAUCUGGCACCGACGACGCGUUAGCUUACAGAUGCGGUGGGACCUUGAUCAAUCCGCUAUACGUGGUCACCGCAGCUCAUUGCGUGGUGAAUCUGCCCGAAAAUUUCAAGGUCGGUGGAAUCCGUCUGGGCGAGCACAACAUCUUGACAGACCCCGACUGCGAACGCGGAUAUUGCGCUGAGCCGGUGCAAGAUUUCGUACCGAAAUCGAUAAUCACUCACAAAGAUUAUAAUAAGCCGGUGUUCAAGAAUGAUAUAGCUAUAAUACGGUUGAACAAGCCGGCGGUUUACAACGAUGAUCCGCAACCCAGCACGAUCCUGCAAACGAUCAAGAUACCGAUCGUCAAAAUGGACAGGUGUGUGCAAUCCUUUAAGAACUUCGCGCGGAUGUCGGAGCAGCAUCAGAUGUGCGUGGGCGGUGUCCUGGGCGAGGAUUCUUGCGGGGGUGACAGCGGCGGACCCCUAAUGAAGGUGCAGAGUCUGAACGGGCUGACUAGAUACUACUUCAUCGGCAUCGUCUCCUUCGGCGCGAAGGCCUGCGGCGCCUCCCAGACUCCAGCCAUCUACAGCAAGAUCGCUGCAUAUACCACAUGGAUCCUGGAACACAUAUCCCCACGUUUAAAAUAUGUUCUGAUCUUUCAGAAGAUCUUAAAUUUUAUACAAAUAUUAUUUAAAGUUAUGUUAUCUACGCUAGUUGGUCUUAAACGGCAAGGAUCAAGACUGGUUCGAGUUGUUUCAUCAAGGUUAUUGGUAAUUCAAUUAAAAAAUUCGCGGACGGACUGCAGAGUUGACGGCCAGGUGGGCGCGUGUAUAUCUGCUCGCGAAUGCCCGAUGGUGUCCACUAUCCUGCAGCAAUCGCGUGAUCAAGCGAUCGCUUACCUGAGGCGCAAUCACUGCGGCUUCGAAGGCAAUAAUCCGCUGGUGUGCUGCAUAGGCAACGCAAAUAUCAACAUCCGUCCUAGCGAAACCAUAAUCCAGAACCCCGGAACCACCCCGGGAUGGAAUCCCAUCCAACCAUCUAGCUCGCCGAUUAACGAAAACAUCCAGAUCAAUCUAGCGGACAACCCGUUGUUGCCGAGCGACUGCGGCCGAGAUCUGUCACAGAGGAUCGUUGGUGGCGAACGCACCGAGCUCGACGAGUUCCCUUGGAUGGCGCUAUUGGAGUAUCAGAAACCCAACGGCAGGACGACAGCGUGUGGCGGUGUCCUGAUCAAUAAGCGCUAUAUCCUUACUGCUGCUCAUUGCAUCAAGGGCAAGGAUCUGCCGCCCAACUGGCGGCUGACCAGCGUCCGUCUGGGCGAAUACGACACCGAUACCGAGCGCGACUGUGUGCAGGACAGCGAAGACAGCGUGCUGUGCGCCGACAAUGUUAUCACCGUGGGCGUAGAGGAGCAAAUCGCUCACGAGGAAUAUCGGCCGCUGUCGCGGGACCAACGUUAUGACAUCGCGUUGUUGCGUCUCAGCCGCGAUGUAGCGUUCACCAACUUCAUCAAGCCUAUCUGCCUGCCGUCCAACUCGUCGCUCAACGGCAAACUCGUUGUAGCCGGUUGGGGCAAGACGGAGAUCCUCUCGGCGUCCAAUGUCAAGCUGAAGCUGGCGUUGCCACUGGCGGACAAGGAUCAGUGCGAUCAGACCUACAGCAACGCCGGCGUUCGGCUGGGCUACGGACAGAUGUGUGCGGGAGGUCAGAAGGGCAAGGACUCGUGUCGAGGCGACUCGGGUGGUCCUCUUAUGUCCGUCGAGAGGAUCGCCGAUGGCACCGGGAGGUGGGCCGCCGUGGGCGUCGUGUCCUUUGGACCGUCGCCCUGCGGCAUGCAGGGCUGGCCCGGAGUCUACACCAGAGUGGUAGACUUCGUUCCUUGGAUCAUUAGUAAACUGAGGGAGCAUCCGGCAAUAACCUUCGGAGCAAAACGAAAAAAUCUCCGGCUUGCUUCGAUCCAAAUAAACAUGAUAUUCAUCGGAUUGUUUGUUCUUUACCUGGCUAUAACAGCUAUCAAUGCACAGAAUGAAUGCUCGGAUAGUCGCGCUACUUGCAUUAACAUCCGUAAUUGUGCGAAUAUUAUAGCAAUCUUGAGGGAUAGUCCGAGACCACUUUCGCCAGAAAUUUUUCAAAUGCUUAGGGAUGCGCAAUGCGGCUUCGAUGGCAACGACCCGAUGGUUUGCUGCGUGAGUCAAAGACAGACUACACCACCAACAUUACGACCAACACUAUCGACAAUUAUCACAUCGCUACCACCAACGACGAAACCCAUAGUGGCGCAGGAAAUCGACGUUUCCUCUCCGCCAGAUGUUACGAAUCAUCCGAAUCUACGUCUAUUAGAUCUUCAAAAGUGCGGACCUAUCACUGAGCAGAGAGUGUAUGGCGGUAAUAAGACCGGAGUCUUCGAUUAUCCGUGGAUGGCGUUGAUCGCGUACGAUACAGGAAAGUCAAAUCCGGAAUUCCGUUGCGGUGGUACAGUCAUUUCCGACCGAUUUAUCCUCACCGCCGCUCAUUGCGUCACCAAACUUCCAGCGGAUAUCAGAUCGCUGAUAGGCGUCAGGGUGGGAGAUCACGAUAUAAGCAAGGAACGCGAUUGCGAUUACGACGAGAAUGGACUUGAGAUCCAAUGCGCUGAGAGAUAUCAGGAUUUCGGUGUGGAAAGUUUCUACUAUCAUCCCGAUUAUACACGAACGAAAUUGCAAAAUGAUAUUGCGCUCAUUAAAUUAAAUGGUUCUAUAGACUUCAGACCUUCGAAUGUCAAACCGAUUUGCUUGCCACUCGGCUCUGCGGCAUUGAUGAUCCCGAAAAAGGCGAUAGUGACCGGCUGGGGCGCGACGGAAUUGGGCCCGCGCAGUCAGGACCUUCUCCAGGCGAAGUUGCCACUGGUGCCCACCGAGCAAUGCAGGGAGGUCUACAAGCGGUCGACGCAGAUUUGGUACAAGCAAUUAUGUGCCGGGGGUCUGCGCGACGUGGAUUCCUGCUUCGGUGACAGUGGCGGGCCUCUACAAGCCAUCGGUAUAUACAAUGGCAACACAAUACGCACCAUUCAACAUGGCGUGGUCAGUUACGGGGUGAGAGAGUGCGGUACCGCGGGCAUCCCGGGUGUCUACACCAGGGUCGCUUAUUACAUGGACUGGAUCCUCAACACGAUGACGGACUGACAAUGAGGUCGAUCGUGAUUUUGUCGCGUCAAAAAUCCACUCCAAUAGAGAUGGACAUCGAUUCUUUUCCAGUUCUCCGGAAAACGCGUCUUUUGUCUCGUAGGUAUUUCUGAUUCGCCGGGCAUGAAAUACAAUAAUUUAGAUCGCGACAAAAACGGGAAUUGGAACUCCGCGGGAUAAUAGAUAAGAUUGAUUUCGAAUAAUUGGCAGAACAAAUAAAAUUGCAACGGCGAGAGGAUAGAACUUCAACGCUCGAAAAAGUAAGCGGUUUAACGUUUACAAAACAUGGACAAUUCUAUUGAUGAAUAUUUUUAAAUAAUAAAAGUAAUUAUUUUUAUUAUAAUUUUUUUUGGUUUAUUAUUCUAAUCUUUUUAUUAGACUAAAGAUUAUAUCUUUCUACCGGUGCAAUUUUAUUUCAUUAGAAUCUUGCGAAGUUUUGACUUCGAAAGCUAAAUGUAAUUCAAAAUAUGUUAUAAUUUUUGAGUGAUGAAUGGUCUUGAAUGAAAAGAGAAAAAGAGAAAGAGAGAGAAAAAGAAAUUUUCUACUUUCUAGAGAGUAAGACAUUUUAUUGUGCUGAACUGAUAUGCAUAUUUAUGAUUUAGUGUUAAUAUGUCAUGUUUGUACUCUUUAUAAUAUAUCUUUUUUUUUUCGUAAAAAAA